UAGUGUGAAAGUUUGUGAAGCUCAACAUUUGGAGUAAUAGUGUAUAUAGUAGAGUUUGCAAGGAUAAUGGAAACAGAGUUCUCAUCGAUGCUGGUGCAACUGUCUGAUGCCAUCAGCAAGAAAGAUGAAAAGUAUGUAGACCUGUUGAGGGUUCUGUACAGAGAUCUUGCAAAUGUUAAAUCAGAUUUAGAGAAAGCUAAUUCUGCAUUUGAUUUAUUUCAAUUGCUUAUAGCACCUGGCAUUUUGAAGCCAACAGACAUUUCAGUUUUGUUUGAAACAAUUGAACUAACUGGAUUGAAAUAUUUGAAAGAUAUAAUCAAGAUAUAUGAGACCUAUCCUGAUGAAGUGAAGAUCACUCGGUUUUCACGACAUCGUCAACAGGUUGUUGCUCUGGGAAAAGACUUUUCAGUUAAGGAUAUCCAGAAAGUUAGUCAGUUGUACGAAGGAAAUUUUUCCUGCCCAUGGAAACUGAUUCAACAUCUUGAAGAUAAAUCUGUUUUAACCGAAAAUAGCAUGUCAUCAUUUCUUCAAUGUUUGAAGGAGAAUAAAGUAAAUGAAGAUUUUACUCAACUGCUUGUGAGAAUAUCAGAUGCAAUCAGCAAAGAAGGUGAACAGUAUGUAGAUAUGUUGAGGGUUCUUUACAAAGAUCUUGCAGAGAUAAAAACAGAAUUGGAGAAAGCUAAAUCUGCCUUCAAUUUAUUCGAAAUACUAAGAGUCGCUGACAUUUUGAAAGCAACAGACAUUUCAAUUUUAUUUGAAACAAUUGAAAUAACUGGAUUAAAGUAUUUGAAGGACAUAGUCAAGACAUUUGACACAUAUCCAGAUGAAGUAAAGAUCACUCGAUUUUCAGCACAUCGUCAACAUCUGGUUGCUCUUGGAAAAGACUUAUCUACCAUAGAUAUUCAAAGGAUUGGUCAGAUGUACGAAGUUCCAGAUGACUUCUGUUCUAAUUCAUGGAAACUAAUCACAUUUCUAGAAAGUGAGGGUAUUGUUUCCAAAGAUAACUUGUCAUCGUUUCUCAUGAAUUUGAAAAGAGUUGACAAGUCAGGACAAUCAGAACAACCAAGAAGGUCAAGGGCAGAUGAAGAUAUAAUUAUCAAAGGUUCCCUGAUGACAAGGCAGAAAGAAGUGUAUCAGAAUGUGAAUAGAAUGACACCAGCAAUCUGGCAUAAAUUUCAUGAAUUAGAUAUUGCAGAUGUUUUUACUGAACUCAGCUUACUGCAAUCUAAAAAAGAAGACAAAGAAAAACAAGACAAGUCAACAUGUACAAAAAAAGAAGGUAGACCCACAUCAUUACCAGAGGCAUUAGAGGUUAUUAAGUCAACAGAUUCUUGUAAGGUAUUAAUAACAGGGAAGGGGGGAAUGGGUAAGACUACCCUCCUUAAAUAUAUUGCUCAUCAGUGGGCUACUGAUGAUGAACAUGUCUUUGCUGAUAAAUUACUGUUUCUGAUAAAUAUCAGGGAAAUUAAAGAAAGUAAACCAUUCUUGGAGAUAAUUAUGAAUGAAAUUGAUUCAAAAGAAAUAAUUUAUAGGAACAAUUUGUCAUGUGACUCAUUUAACCCAGUUGAAAGGUUCUUGGUCAAACAUGACAAUGAAAUAAUAUUUUUGUUAGAUGGAUAUGAUGAGUUAGAAAGAAAUGCUAAAGACCCAAUUGAUCUAUUUAAAAAAAGAGAAUUGCGAAAAAGCAUGGUAGUGAUAACAUCUCGACCUGACAACACAGCUGAUUUGAUUAAAUACUGUGAUGUACAUAUUGAAGUGAAGGGAUUCAGUCAAAGUAACAUAAAGAAGUAUAUUCAAAAUUAUUUUCAUUCAAUCAGUAAAAUCAAAAUUGGUAAUUCUUUAAUAAAAGAGUUUGGACUUGAUUCAGAGUGUCCAUUUUCUUGGGGUGGUAAUCACAAAGAAGCAUUUGCAUUGUGCUCCUCUCCACUGUUAUUGCUUCACAUUUGUACCAUAUGGGAAGAAAAACGUGUUCUUCCCACAUACUUGCCCGAUCUUUUUAAGGAACUCAUUUGUUGUAUUUUAAAUCAGUAUCUAAACAGGGCUGGCAUAAAAUCGGUAAUUGCCAAUUUUGAGAGAAUUCCAGAUCAAUACAUGUCUGCCAUUUUAAUUUUAGGAGAGUGUAUGUAUAUAGGACUAAAGGAAAAUACACUGUCUAUUGACAAAUUUGUUUUGUCAAAUAUGGCAAAGGAUAAAGAAUUAUUAAAUUUAGCACUGGAACUUGGGUUUGUUUAUAAUGAUACCCCUGCUAAUCCAGGGAAAGUAAAGGAGAUGUACACACCCCCACAUAAAUUAAUGUCAGAGGCACUAGCAGGGCUGUACCUGUCUACAGAAAUUCAGAAAGUGAGUUUAAAGGUUGAGUAUGAGGAAAUCAGAUGUAAUGCUUAUUUAAAUAUGACGAGGAUGUUUGCAAUAGGAUUUUUAGGUGCUGAUGCUGAUAAGUUGCUGAAACCAUGGUUAAUAAUCAGGGCCUCAAAUUAUUGCUCAAUAGUACAAUGUUUAAAAAAUGUAAAGAAAGAGCAUGAAGAUGAUAUUUUAGUGAAAUUGGAUAAGCACAUGUCCAACGAUAUGAAAGCACAUAGUGAGCAAAUGUUGGAGUCAUUUAGAAGUCUUAUAAAUGAUGGCAGAGACAUAUCAAGUAUGCAUUUAUUCAAACUCAUGAAAAGAUGUAGCAUUGAAUAUGGUCCUUACAGGCUUGAAGCAGCAGCAGUAUCUUUGAUAAGUAGGUGCAGGGAAAGGCAGUGCCAACUUGUUGUACAUACCUUAGUGUUAUUACAAGUAAUGAAUCAGUAUUUGACACCUGACCUUCUACUUAAUUGUAUUUCAGAAUGGGAAAAAGAAGAAAUCAAUUUACUUUCAGCUGAGAUGAAAAAAAAUCAUUUUAUAUAUAAUUUGACUUCCAUUAGGUUUGGUUUUCAACUUAGUUCAGCAUUCUUAAUUCAUUUCCUUAAAUAUGCAAGUAACUUAAAGAUCUUGCGAUUAUGGAGUAACAAUAUCCAAUAUGCUAGUCACAAGUUGGUCACAGGUACUAUACUCAAUGCAGUUAUUAAUGAUUUGGACAAUGCCAAUAUAAAGUUAGAAUUAGAAACACUUCAUAUUAGUGACAGUGAUCUAAAUGAUAUUGAUGGAACAUUACUGGGAAAAUUAUUUAAAAUAGCUCCUAAAUUAAAAUGUCUAGAAGUAUGGGAGUGUAGGCUAUCAGGUUGUACUUUGGGGGCAAUGAUCACAGAAUGCCAGAACAGUGAAGAUACAGUAUGCAAUAGUCACAAGUUGGUCACAGGUGCUAUACACAAUGCAGUUAUUAAUGAUUUGGACAAUGCCAAUAUAAAGUUAGAAUUAGAAACACUUGAUAUUCAAGGCAAUGAUCUAAAUGAUAUUGAUGGAACAUUACUGGGAAAAUUAUUUAAAAUAGCUCCUAAAUUAAAAUGUCUAAAUGUAAGGGAGUGUAGGCUAUCAGGUUGUACUUUGGGGGCAAUGAUCACAGAAUGCCAGAACAGUGAAGAUACAGUAUGUAAUAGUCACACAUUGGUCACAGGUGCUAUACACAAUGCAGUUAUUAAUGAUUUAGACAAUGUCAAUAUAAAGUUAGAAUUAAAAAAACUUGAUAUUAGUGGCAAUGAUCUAAAUGAUAUUGAUGGAACUUUACUGAGAAAAUUAUUUAAAAUAGCUCCUAAAUUAAAAUAUCUAAAUUUAAGAAAGUGUAGGCUAUCAGGUGGUACUUUGAGGGCAAUGAUCAGAGAAUGCCAGAACAGUGAAGAUACAGUAGACCAUGUUUUGAAACACUACAGGCUUGUACUGAAGGACAAAGACCUUUCAGAUAGUGAUGGUACAUCAGUUGCUGAUUUAGUCAGGGUAGAUUGUCAUUAUGAAUUUGGUGAUUAUUAUGAUUAUGAUGAUGAUGAUGAUGAUGAUACAAUUUUCAUUCUGUGUGAUUAUUCUCUUACUUUUGAUAACAUAGAAAAGCUUGUUGAAUCAGUAGGUGAAAAUAUAACAUUGGAUUGGGAUAGUAUAGAUCUGAGUAGGAUUAACCUGUCUUCAGUAAGUGGAAUAACAUUAGCUCGCCUAUUUAAGAUGUGCCCAGGGCUGAAGUAUAUUGACAUGAAUUACUGCAGUUUAUCAGUCAGUAUUGUUAAUAAAAUUAAAGAAGAAUGUUGUAGGAUGAAUGUAGUAUUAAACGACAUCAUGCUUAGUCUAAAGGGCAAUGACCUUUCAGAUAUUGAUGGUAAAUCACUUGCAGAGUUUGUCAGGGUAAUUUGUCAAUUUGAUUCGGAUUAUUAUGAUUAUGUGAAUGCCAUUUUCAGAUUGAGUGAUUAUUCUCUUACAGCUGAUAACCUAGAACAGCUAGUAGAAUCAGUAGGUGAAAAUAUAACAUUGAAUUGGCAAGUGAUAGAAUUGACUGAUAACCUAGAAAAGCUGGUCGAAUCAGUAGCUGAAGAAAAUAUAACACUAAAUUGGCAAGUGAUAGAUUUGAGUAAUAUUAACCUAUCUUCAAUCAGUGGAAGAACAUUAGCCUGCCUUGUUAAGAUUUCUCCAGACCUGGUCCAUAUUGACAUGAGUUACUGCAGUUUAUCAGGCAGGAUUGUUUAUGAAAUGAUAGAAGAAUGCUGUGAGAUGAAUGUAGUAUUGGAAAAGUACAUGCUUAAUCUGGGGGGUAAUGACAUUUCAGAUAUUGUAAAUCACUUGUAG